AUGGACUUUACUCUUUUUUGCGGCAUUCCUGAGCAACCUGUACUACCAAAGGACCCUUCCUCAGAUUCCUUCAGUCUCGUGUCUCCCGCGGGAUCCGAUAUCUGGCGUGUCCCUGCAACUGCCGGUGGCCGUGACGAAUUCAGUGGACCAAUCUACGCCACGCCCCUUCCUCUAAAUUCUUUCCGCAAGGCAUCUGUUACUGUUUCAGCAGAUUUCAAAACUCCAUACGCGCAGGGUGGUCUAGUUCUCCUGUUGCCAGGUACCGUGCGAAGGUCCCAGAACAAGGACCAGACGACAUUCGAGUCAUCUCCUCAGCAAUGGAUCAAGACCGGUAUUGAAUACGAGAACAACGCAUUCUUUGCGUCUGUUGUUGCUGCAAACCCAUAUGCAGAUUGGAGCUUGGCGCCUAUAGGGGUCAGUAAAGCAACCUUCGACAUGGAGAAGAAACAUGGCGCUUUAUGGAUUUUUGUGACGACGCCAGGCGGGCAAAGGAUCCCGCUUCGGGAAUUGACCUGGGUGUUUGAAGAGGAUGACGAUCGUGAAGUUUGGAUUGGUGUAGCAGCAUGUAUGCCGAAAGGAGAUGCAAGUGGCAAUGGAGGCAAAUUGUCUGUUCACUUUGAAGAUUUCAAAGUAGUCACAGCGUAA